AAGUUUUAAUUUCAAUCAAGCAAACCAAAAACAUCUAACUUUCCAUUAUUACACUUCAUCCAUUCUAAAUCUUAUUAUAAUAAUAUUUUCUCAUCUUCCAAGUUCAGAUUAUUUAUUUCUCCUCAAAUUGUCAUGUGACUCCGUUCAUCAAUUCUGCCUCAAGUCAACUGCGAUCCAAUGAUUCCGUUGCAUCGCCGCACUCUCAUUUCCACAUCAUAGAGAAACCCAUUACGAUGAACAAUUACCCUUUUGGAUUCCAAGGCCCCAAGUCCUUUCCCGCGUACCCAAGAAGUGACUUCGACUUAGAAUCAGGAACCACCAUCAAACGAACCAGAAAGCCCAAAAGCUCUUCUUUUCACCCUUUCAGAAUGAUCAAAACACUCGGAAACCGUUUCCACCACUUUUUCAAGCUUCAUCCCUGCAUGGGUCUUUUCCUAGCCCUCUCCUUUGUCCUCACUCUUGUCAUGUUUCUCUCCUUUUAUGGCACCCAAUAUAAGAUGCAUAAUGCUAAUGCUAAAUCUGAUGUGGGUUUUGAUGAUUACCCUUUCUCAAAGCUUCAUAACCUUGUGAUGGUUGCUGGGCAUUCCAUUUACACCAGCAGCAAUUGUGGCAAAAUUGACAAAGAGGAUUCUUGGUUUUUGGAGUCUUAUCAAAAGAAUCCUGGUCAAGCUGCCACUUUUGUGACACAUAUUUAUAAGGGGGUUGAAAUUGCAGCCAGGGAUGACUCUGCUUUGCUCCUCUUUAGCGGCGGAGAGACUCGGAAAGACGCCGGUCCUCGCAGCGAGGCGCAGAGUUACUGGGCUGUUGCCGAUUCGAAAGGAUGGUUUGGUAAAGAAGAAAGUGUGAAAUGGAGAGCACUUACAGAGGAGCAUGCACGGGACAGCUUUGAAAAUCUUCUAUUUAGUUUCUGUCGAUUCCGGGAGCUUACAGGCACCUAUCCCCAAAAUAUAACUGUAGUAAGUUAUGAUUUCAAGGAAGAAAGAUUUGCGCAUCUACAUCGAUCUGCAAUUGGCUUUCCAGAAUCAAGGUUCUCCUAUGCUGGCACCCCUGCUACAUCAAAUGCGAAAGCUGCUGCUCUAAGAGGCGAGGAAUUGGUUAGAACUCAAUUCCAAAGAGAUCCAUAUGGAUGUCGAGGUUCACUUUAUCACAAGAAACUAAAGCGUGACCCUUUUCAUCGGUCAAUUCCUUAUCCUAAUGGGUGUCCUGAAAUUGAAGCUUUAUUCAGAUAUUGUGAACCAACUCCUUAUCCUGGUGCACUCCCUUGGGCACAAUAGAACAUGACUCAGUCAAAUUAUACAUGUGUAAAGUAACAAAUUAGAGAUAUUAGAUACAAAUUACGUUGACUUGACAUUGCACGAAUUUGUUGAUAAAUGAUUUGAAGAGUAAAUUUUGUUGUGGGAUGAUGAUAAAUUGUGUAGAUCAAAAUAUUGCUUCGGGUAGAAAGAGUGUCCAAGGUUUGUGAAAGGUGGUAUAUUAAAAUUUUUGGUGUUCUCAAAUUGA